AUGUUCUUCGCUCGGGCAGUUCUGCAUGCUUUAGCAGCUGCAUUCUCUUGCCUUGCAGGUCUGGCUUCUGGAGCCACUCUUCCUGCUGAUGAAGUGAGAGCUUUGCGGCAAAUUGCGGGGACAUUGGGAAAGAGGGACUGGAAUUUCAGUGUGGAUCCAUGCAGUGGACGACAGAACUGGGCUACUCCUAAUCCCGUCAAAGGAUUCGAGAACGCGGUUACUUGUAAUUGUUCCUUCGUCAACAACACUGUGUGCCAUGUUGUCAGCAUAGUACUCAAAGCUCAAAAUCUUCCAGGAACAUUGCCGCCAGAAUUCGUCAAGCUCCCUUAUCUCCGAGAAAUUGAUCUAACCCGCAACUACCUUAAUGGUACAAUACCACUGGAAUGGGGUUCCAUGCAACUUGUAAACAUGUCACUGAUUGGAAACCGUAUAUCAGGGCCAUUGCCAAAAGAACUUGGAAAUAUCAGCACAUUGGCAAAUUUAACUCUCGAAUUCAAUCAGUUGUCUGGAACUAUUCCUCCAGAUCUUGGGAAUCUGCGUCACAUAGAAAGAAUACUUUUAACCUCAAACAAUUUCACUGGCGAGUUGCCUGCAACACUAGCUAAUUUGACCACUUUGAAGGACUUUCGCAUUGGUGAGAACAAGUUUGUAGGAAGUAUACCAAAUUUCAUUCAGAACUGGAUAAACCUUGAGAAAUUGGUGAUUCAGGCUAGUGGUCUAAGUGGGCCAAUACCAUCUGGCAUUGCUUCCUUGACAAAAUUAACUGACCUGAGAAUCAGUGAUUUGAAUGGAAAUGACACAACUUUUCCCCCACUUAUUGGGGCAACUAAUAUGAAGACGCUGAUAUUAAGGAGUUGCAAUAUUGCCGGGCAGCUACCAGAGUUUCUUGGCUCAUUUACAAAAUUGAAACUCUUGGAUCUCAGUUUUAAUAAACUAAGUGGACCUAUUCCAAGCACCUUUUUUGGUCUAUCAAAAACGGAUAAUAUUUAUCUGACUGGCAACAUCCUCAGUGGAGCAGUGCCUGAUUGGAUGCUGAAAGAUGGUGACAGUAUUGACCUUUCAUACAACAACUUUACUGGAAGUUCUAAAGCAUCCAACUGUCAACCAGGAAACUUGAACUUGUUUGCAAGCUCUUCAAAAGGCAAUACAUCAGGCAUUGUCUCAUGCUUAAGGAGCUUCAGAUGUCCACGAAGUUGGUACUCUCUCCAUAUAAAUUGUGGUGGAAGAGAAGUGAAAGUUGAUGUUAAUACAAGUUACGACGACGAUAUAGAUUCAGGUGGUCCUUCAAAAUUCUUCCAGAGUAGGAGUAACUGGGCAUUUAGCAGCACUGGUAACUUCUUGGAUGAUGACCGCCCCAGAGAUUCUUAUACUUGGACAAACAAUGCAAGCAUAUCUGGGACUAACUCGGGAUUAUACAUGGAUGCACGACUUUCCCCCCUUUCACUGACAUAUUAUGGUUUCUGUAUGCUCAAUGGGAACUACACAGUAAACCUCCAUUUUGCUGAAAUCAUGUUUACUGAUGACAGAACUUAUAGUAGUCUGGGAAGGCGCAUCUUUGAUAUUUAUAUUCAGGAGAAGUUAGUGCUGAAAGAUUUCAAUAUUGAGGACGCGGCUGGUGGAGUUAAUAGACCUGUUAUUAGAAAUUUUACAGCAGUUGUAACUGACAACACAUUAGCGAUCCGCCUCUUCUGGGCUGGAAAAGGGACAACUGGCAUUCCCUAUAAGGGAGUUUAUGGUCCUCUGAUUUCAGCAGUUUCUGUGGAUCCUGAUUUUACUCCACCAUCAGAACAUGGAGAUAGCUUUCCUGUUGGUGCUGUAGCUGGAAUUGUACUUGCAGUUCUGUUUUCGAUCACAAUGGUUCUAGUUAUUCUUUGGUGGAAAGGCUGUCUGCGGUGCAGGGAUUCCAUGGAAAAUGAUUUAAAGGGACUAGACCUACAUACUGGAUCAUUCACUCUAAGACAAAUUAAAGCUGCUACAAAUAAUUUUGAUGCAGCUAAUAAAAUUGGAGAGGGUGGCUUUGGUUCUGUCUACAAGGGUCAUCUGGCAGACGGCACUAUCAUUGCUGUGAAGCAGCUUUCUUCCAAAUCCAAGCAGGGGAACCGUGAGUUUGUGAAUGAAAUAGGCAUGAUUUCAGCUCUGCAACAUCCUAACCUUGUGAAGCUCUAUGGAUGCUGCAUUGAGGGAAACCAAUUGUUACUUAUAUACGAGUACAUGGAGAAUAACAGCCUUGCUCGUGCAUUGUUUGGUCCUGAAGAACACAAGUUGGAAUUAGAUUGGCCAACAAGACACAAGAUUUCUGUGGGUAUAGCAAGAGGUUUGGCUUAUCUCCAUGAAGAAUCAAGGUUGAAGAUUGUCCACAGAGAUAUCAAGGCCACCAACGUGCUACUUGAUAAGUAUCUAAACCCCAAAAUAUCUGACUUUGGUCUGGCCAAGCUCGAUGAAGAAGAAAACACCCACAUAAGUACCCGUAUUGCUGGAACCUUUGGAUAUAUGGCACCUGAAUAUGCAAUGAGGGGCUACUUAACUGACAAAGCAGAUGUUUAUAGCUUCGGAGUUGUCCUUUUGGAGAUUGUCAGUGGAAGGAGUAACAGCAAUAUUAAACCAAAGCAGGAUUGCUUCUAUCUUCUUGACUGGGCUAAUCUGCUGAAGGAGGAAGGGAAACUAAUGAAACUAGCGGACCCAAGACUCGGAUCAAACUUCAACAAGGAAGAGGUUAUACUGACAAUUCAUGUUGCCCUUCUUUGCACCAAUGUCUCACCGACCAUUAGGCCUAGCAUGUCGACCGUGGUUAGCAUGCUGGAAGGACGAGUAGUUAAUAAAGAGCUACUUUCAGGAUUGAGAGUCUCGAGCAACAAGGUUGAGCCCUGGGAGAUUUCCGAUCAGCAUGAAGUACCAAAUUCAAAUGAGAGCUGUGCCCAGCAUGUAUCAAUGGAAGUCCCGUUUACUGCAUCUUCAACAUCGACUGGAGAUUUAUAUCCAGUUACCAUCGAUUCUGAUUUUCUGAUGAACAGAUCGUAAGGAAAUUUGUCUGUGCCUUUUAUGUUUCAGAUCUUUCCAUUCUUUCUUGAAAUUCCACGUAGUUUGCCAAAAGAACUAGUACUAGUUAAGUGUAAAUCCAUAGAAAUGUGUAGUAGGUUUUUCUUCGUGGAUUGCUGCUGUACAUAAAACAACUGAGACUUCUACUAAUCAUAGAGCUCAUUUCUGUCAGCCUGGAUUUUCUCCAAUUUUUUCCCCUUGAUCAAGUAGUCCCCAUCUCCCGUAGAGCUGCUGGGGAGUCAAAAUGUUC